GUGGUGAGGAAAAAAAAAAGCGAUAAACACUUGUGGUUUUUGGAUAUAAGCAAAAUCCGACGUGUCAAUUUCUGACGAUCCGCUUUGGAUACAUUUUAAACGAACCAUAGCACCACUAGAUUUGUCACUUGACAUCGUUCUCUUUCCGGUGAAUAUGGCGAGCAAUCUUCUCCGGCUUACUCUUCCUCCGCCUUCGAGUCUCCAUAUUCGUCCUCGUAAGUUCCUCGACGUUACAUACUCGAAGCGAUGCUUUCCCAGACAGCGCCACUCUCGUAUCCGGAGGCACUAUUCGACGACACCUGGCUUAUUGGUAUCAAACUCGGUCCAGAUCAGUACUCAAUCGUUUGAAUCUGCGGAAUCUUCAAUCGAAUCUGUGAAACCUGUUGCGAGCGACACGCCGAUUCUCCUCGAUGUGAGCGGGAUGAUGUGUGGCGGCUGCGUCGCCCGGGUUAAAUCGGUUCUGAUGUCCGAUGACCGAGUCGCGUCUGCCGUGGUUAACAUGCUGACCGAGACCGCGGCUGUGAGGCUUAAACCGGAGGUAGAGGUGAUACCGGAUGCGGCUGAGAGCUUAGCUAAGAGAUUGACAGAGAGUGGGUUCGAGGCUAAGAGGAGAGUCUCGGGGAUGGGAGUGGCGGAGAACGUGAAGAAGUGGAAGGAGAUGGUGAGUAAGAAAGAGGAAUUGCUCGUUAAGAGCAGGAACCGUGUGGCAUUUGCGUGGACGUUGGUGGCUCUGUGUUGCGGGUCUCACACUUCGCAUAUUCUUCAUUCCUUGGGGAUUCACAUUGCUCAUGGAGGAUUCUGGGACUUGCUACACAACUCUUACGUGAAAGGUGGUUUAGCAGUUGGAGCUUUGUUGGGACCAGGAAGAGAAUUGCUGUUUGAUGGCAUAAAGGCUUUCGGGAAACGAUCACCUAAUAUGAACUCGUUGGUUGGAUUGGGAUCUAUGGCUGCAUUUUCCAUCAGUAUGAUCUCACUUGUUAAUCCAGAACUGGAGUGGGAUGCUUCGUUCUUUGAGGAACCGGAUGGCCCUCUACGGAUCGAAGCUACUUCCACUGGUUCCAACUCAACAAUAUCUAAAAUCGUCAGAAUGGUUGAGGAUGCACAAGGUAAUGCAGCUCCUGUACAGAGGCUGGCAGAUGCAAUAGCUGGACCAUUUGUGUAUACUAUAAUGUCUUUAUCUGCAGUGACGUUUGCCUUCUGGUAUUACGUUGGUUCACACAUAUACCCAGAUGUUUUACUCAAUGAUAUUGCUGGACCUGACGGAGAUCCUUUGGCACUAAGCCUAAAACUAGCCGUGGAUGUCUUGGUAGUUUCCUGCCCCUGUGCAUUGGGCCUUGCAACACCAACUGCCAUACUAAUUGGCACAUCUCUUGGAGCAAAGCGAGGAUAUCUUAUCAGAGGAGGAGAUGUCUUAGAACGCCUGGCCUCCAUAGAUUGUGUUGCUUUAGACAAGACAGGGACACUUACUGAAGGAAGACCUGUCGUCUCUGGUGUUGUUUCUUUAAUUUACGAAGAACAAGAAGUUCUUCGGUUGGCUGCUGCGGUGGAGAAGACAGCAACACACCCAAUAGCAAAGGCUAUUGUAAACGAGGCUGAAACGCUGAAUCUGGAAACUCCAGAAACAAGAGGCCAAUUGACAGAACCAGGCUUUGGUACUCUGGCAGAAAUAGAUGGACGUUUGGUUGCAGUGGGUGCACUUGAAUGGGUCUCCAAUCGUUUCCACAAAAAGAACGACUCCUCGGACGUGGUUAAGCUGGAAAGUUAUUUGGAUCAUAAACUAUCAAACACAUCAUCGACGUCUAGGUAUUCAAAGACCGUUGUUUAUGUUGGACGCGAAGGAGAAGGGAUUAUUGGUGCUAUUGCAAUCUCUGAUUGCUUGCGCAAAGAUGCUGAAUUCACUGUAGCCAGGCUGCAGGAGAAGGGCAUCAAAACAGUCCUCUUAUCAGGGGAUAGGGAAGGGGCAGUGGCAACAGUGGCAAAGAAUGUGGGGAUUGAGAGUGAAUCAACCAACUAUUCCUUGUCUCCUGAAAAGAAAUUCGAGUUUAUAUCUAAUCUUCAAUCCUCUGGACAUCGUGUUGCUAUGGUGGGUGAUGGCAUAAACGACGCCCCCUCGUUGGCUCAAGCUGAUGUCGGAAUAGCUUUAAAGAUCGAAGCACAAGAAAACGCUGCAUCGAAUGCAGCAUCGGUCAUACUUGUCCGCAACAAACUCUCACAUGUUGUGGAUGCACUGAGUCUUGCACAAGCAACAAUGUCGAAAGUGUAUCAGAAUCUGGCGUGGGCAAUUGCGUAUAACGUCAUCUCGAUCCCUAUAGCAGCAGGUGUCUUGCUUCCUCAGUAUGAUUUCGCCAUGACACCUUCCUUGUCUGGUGGACUAAUGGCAUUGAGCUCGAUCUUCGUUGUCUCAAAUUCACUACUUCUCCAGCUCCACAAAUCUGAAACAAGUGGACACAGCUAGGGGGUUGGGCUCCAUCUGUGUUGCUGUCGAAGCAGAAACACUCUUAGAGUUCUUGUAUAUUCUCUGCCCUUUGACAUAUUCAAGUUUUUGUAUUUAAGCUUACUAUAUAGAGUUAAGAGUUAAACACACUAAUGAUUGAGAUUACAUAUUCAUAGCAUCUUCUUAACCUUCGCAUAUAUUGCACCAGAUUUUCGGAAACGACUUGAACUAUUCGAAAUGUCGC